AUGACAUUGUCCACAAUCUCUGACCAUGGAGGAUUUCCACUGUGGAAUGUGAAGACAGAUGGUCGAGACCUGGCACCCGAUAUCUACCGAGCCCUCAAGUUCACCGUUCCGCAUUUCAACAGGUCAUGGAAUCAUCCGCAGAAUGUCACCGAAGACAUGGAACGUAUGGAUGUGCUGUAUCACAUGGGCCAGAGGAUAUACAAAUCGCUCCAAGAGCUAGAACCUGCCCCUGAAUUCGCGACAUCACGAGCACUGUACACGUGUGAGCCGAUGUUUAUGAUGCACGACGGAAUCCCUCCCUUCUGGAACCUGGGGCUGUUGCCACGAAAAGAUUACGCAUUACCUACUGAAUGGUGAUACGUCACCUGCGUGACCAGUGAUCUAUCCUGCUUCACCUGGAAGUGGCCAGGCCCUGUACAGUGCCCACUGUAGCCAGCUACGAGAUAUUUGAAAUCGGAAGCAGUGUACUCGAGAGCACACCAUACAUAUAUAAUCUGUUGUUCGCUCGAGAAAGUAUGGAGACACACAACUGUCUCUACCAAGGUAGCCACACAUGUAUCGUCGUUUGUGUGUAUUAUACUGCACGUCAAGGAUCUGUGAUCGCGUCGGUAUAGCGCCAACGGUACCCAUUAGUAAAUAAUUGAGCACUGCGAGGAUCUUGUGCGAAGUCCUGCCUGCAUACUCCAGAGUAAGCCAAUGGAGCACAUACUUUCCUUUCUAUUUUAAUCAAGAAAGAUAUGUACCCGAUAGGGCGGGCGUACAUAAGUAUUUGUGGUAAAGGAUACUUCAGACUAACAGAGGACGAUAAAACAUGACUCAAAUAAAAUAUAAG